AUGUCGACUGGAGUCGACGGCCAACAGCAACCCCAAAAGUUCAUAGACUCGGAUUCCGGUGCCCGUCAUCGUUCGGUGUCUCGCAGUAACGGCUUUGUUGUCCAGCUGCCCGUUGAAUCCGAUCGAGUGUUCGACAAACAACCCGACAAGAUGGUUUCCCAAAGUCAAAAGUCUCGUUGGGUGAAGACCGGCGGUAUUGUCGGCUUCAUUUUCUUGGUUCUCUUGUGGCUCUCACCGUCGAAGCCCGUGGUUUCCAGUUUCACCCAGGAGAAAGCGCCUUCUACUGGUGGUGUCUCAACAAAGUGCACCAAGCCUUUCGAUUCAUCCAAGCCUCUGAUUCAAUAUGCCCUCAUGGUCGACGCCGGCAGUACUGGUUCUCGUAUCCACGUCUACCGCUUCAACAACUGCGGCUCCACCCCGGAAUUGGAAAAUGAAAUCUUCGAGCAGACCAAAAGAAGGAGGGUGGCUCUGGCCUCAGUUCCUACAGGGAGGAUGCUGAAGGCGCUGCUCGCAGUUGCCUUGCAGAACGUUCCCGAGGAGUACCGGUCUUGCACCCCGAUUGCUGUUAAGGCUACCGCUGGAUUGCGUCUCUUGGGCCCUGAACUCAGCAAGAAUAUCCUGGAAGCCGUGCGCACUCGCUUGGAGACAGUGUAUCCUUUCGCCGUUGUCUCCCGCGAGAAGGGUGGCGUUGAGAUCAUGGACGGCUCCGACGAGGGUGUGUACGCUUGGAUUACCACCAACUACCUCCUAGGCAAGAUCGGUGGCCCAGAUGAGACUCCCACUGCUGCUAUCUUCGAUCUUGGAGGUGGUUCUACUCAGAUCGUGUUCCAGCCCACUUUUGAGAAGAGCAAGGCUGGCGGUAUGCCGGAGCACUUGGCUGAGGGUGACCACAAGUACGAGCUAAAGUUUGGUGGCCGCGAGUUCGAUCUCUACCAGCACUCUCACCUCGGCUAUGGUCUGAUGUCUGCCCGCGAGUCUAUGAACCGUGUUGUUCUCGAGGCCAUGCUUGCAAACAACCAGAAGGACUUGUCCUGGCUGAAGGAACCAAUUUCCAACGCUUGCAUUCAGCCCGACAUGGAGAAGGAGGUCACUGUAACCUUCCCUGAUGACCAUCCUCUUGGUCCCAAGGUCACUGUGACCAUGGCCGGUCCUCGGGACGCUUCCGCCGCUCCGCAGUGCCGUGCUAUUGCUGAGAAGAUUCUGAAGAAGGAUUCUGAGUGCAAGCUGGCUCCUUGCUCUUUCAACGGUAUUCACCAGCCAUCCCUUGAGAAGACUUUCUCCCACGAGGAUGUUUACAUCUUCUCUUACUUCUACGACCGUACUGCGCCGCUGGGCAUGCCCUCCUCAUUCACCCUUGAUGAGCUGCACAAGCUCACGGCUACCGUCUGUAGCGGUGAGGAUAGCUGGAAUGUCUUCGAGGGCGUCGAAGAUGCGCUCAAGGAACUCCGUGACCGUCCGGAUUGGUGCAUGGACCUCAACUUCAUGAUGGGUCUCCUGCACACCGGUUACGAGAUGCCUUUGUCCCGUGAGGUCAAGAUCGCCAAGAAGAUCAAGGAUAACGAGCUGGGCUGGUGCCUUGGUGCGAGCUUGCCUCUUCUUAGCCAGGAGUCUGGCUGGACCUGCCGUAUCAAGGAAGUCUCAUAAGCUUCCGCUUGGCGUG